AUGGGCGAAAUUAAAAAAUCCCCGCCCUGUCUAUUCAUUGAAGAUGAUACUGAAUACAAGGACUGUCUUGCCUCUAUGUGGUUCGAUGAACUCGAUGCUCGGAGGGCACAAGUAUCUCCAGCAGCAGCGGAAACGAACUCUUGGAUAUGGGAGCAUCCAGUUUAUCAUGAAUUUUGUCGGCAAACUGCUGGCAUCCUUUGGAUUCGAGGAAAGCCGGGGAGUGGAAAGUCCGUUCUCGCAAAAUCUAUUCGAAGUAGGCUACUAGAGCAAUCAGAGCCACAAAAGUCACAAGGUUCUCUGCCGUUAAUUGGAGACUGGUUCUACCACCGUCGCAGAGGCGGUCGCUACAUUCAACACGAAUCCUUUCUACGCUCUAUACUCUAUCACUUCCUCCACCAAUGCCCGGAGGUUUUCCCUCAUUAUGUGGAGGCCUAUCGGGAGAUGAGCCCACGAAGCGUCGUGUGGUCGACUGAAGUUCUCGAGAGCAUCUUAGUUGACGUUUGUCGAGGCUCCAGGCCGGUUCUUUGCGUUGUUGACGCUGUUGAUGAGGCCGAGGGCGUGGAGAUCCUGGCGUUGAUCAAGAGGCUCACUGAUGCAGCGGCCUUCUCAAGAGCGAAAUUCAUCGUGCUGAGUCGAAACGCUGUCAAAAUUGAGCAACAUAUCUUCGGUUUACCGACAAUCGUUAUGGAAGACGAGAACCAAGGCGACAUCGCAAGUAUCAUUGACAUAGGCCUGAAGUUGUUAUGCGAGGAGAUUCACAAACUGGAUUUUAUGACUCGGUCAAGUGAGCUUGUUUUUCGCACUCGAAGCAUCCCAAGACAUGCGACCAGAAUGCGACAGCCAAGAUACAAGUCCAUCACACAUGCUUUGGAACGGGAAACGCAGACCAUAAAAAAGAUGAGAAUACAUCUCGCAUCUAAGGCGCAGGGUUCGAUCCUAUGGGCAAAACUAGUUCUCGACAAAUUGACGCGGCAUGUCGUUUCCGACCCAAAUUGUUCAUUGGAGGAGUUGAGUCGAUCUGUCACUCACACCCCACAAGAGUUAAAAGAGUAUUACAAACAAAUUGUGAAUGAGAUGACGGAUCGAAAAAGUGCAGAUAGAAUUCAAGAUAUCCGCAGGAUAUUGAUGUGGAUAUGUGCAGCAGGCGAGAUCAGCGGUGUCACACUCGAAGAACUUUGGGAGGCUGUAGCAGUUCUGAAAGACUGUGUCAUUCCCUCGACCAUGGAAGAAAUAUGGGCGAAGCGGACCCCAAUUCGAUCGUACGACGAAUUCUGGCGCAAGAUUUACAGCACUUGUGGACCUUUCAUCGAAGUCUACAAUCCUGGCCUUUCGGCCGAGGAAUCUCGCAGAUACCAAUACGGUGCAUCUUCAAUCGUUCAGCUUAUGCAUCAGUCUGUGCGGGAUUUCCUCUGUGAUGAAUCGUCGGUGGGAUGCCUAUCGUUCACUAUUGAUGAAGCCCGAGACUUGGUGAAGACGUCUUUGCACGACUACCUGCAAAGAGCAACCAGAAAGCUGGGUGGUCCAGGUGCACCGUUCGACGCCGGGCAGCUUAUAGAAGAUUUAGAAAACCUGAAACUUCUCCGAUAUGCCAUUGAUAGCGCAAAGAAUUACUUCAUCCGCUGUGAUAUCGCAGUGCCCAACGUACAGCUACCCUUGCGAGGGUCUCCCCAACAUGAUCUAAUAACGGCCUUGACAACGAAUCGACAUGCACCUGAAGCUGCAUCUACGUACUACCAGAACACACCCAGUAUUUCCCGCGGCUGGGAAAUGGAUGGCCUUGUUUCUACCAAUCUUCUUUUCUACGUAGCAUGUAGCCAAGGUCUAGUCACGGCAGUGAUGAACAUGUUGGCCUUGAAAUGGAAUACGCCUCCUUAUCUGUCGGGGAAUGGAGAGAUGAUUCUAUAUGGUGUACUCCUUGCAGCUUCACGGUGCCGGAGUACCAAGAUACAGGUAGGAUUUUAUUAUGCAGGCGUCACCCAACCGGAUGAAAGAGGAGCCACAGCUACCGAACGGCCUGCGAGAAACCCUGACUGGCCAUCAGAAAUGCCUUUGUAUAUGAUCGAGCGAACGAGCUUGCCAAGUUCGCACAGUACGACAGAUAACUUCUCGGAGCAGCCCUCCAUUUCCGCAAGCUCAACAUUAAUUGAAUCCGAAGUUUCGUUAGAGGAACGGCCGGUAAACCACACCUACGGACGGAACGAUGAUGAUUUGAACUUUGUUCCGAGGGUAAAUUUAGACGGAGAUUGGGAGAACUUGCAGGAACAGCGCACGUUGAUCCAAGAACGACAGAGAAGAGCAAGGAAACUUAAGGUCGCGCAAAGCCACAAUCACUUUAUUGAAAAGGGUUCUCUUGCGAAGGAUGAGGAUGAAUGGAUCUCUAUACGAUGGGAAGUUACACUGAGUGUAAGACUUCUGCACAGGACAAUAACAAAGUCAUUGUACUUUCGUGAAUGGUGUUCCCUUCUCGAUUUGACGUGUGGAACGAAAAGAUGCCAACCAAUAAGUGACUAUGGAAUGGAUGAUGGGAUCGAAUUUUCUGAAGAAGACGUGGAAGAUGCUAUAGUUGCAGCACUGGAAGACAAUCAUGACGCUGAUUAUAUUGGGCAACUCGAAAGCUCAAUAUCCAAGACAUUACGAAUACUGAAGGCCUACGGUAGGCCCCUAAGCAGUUAGUAUCACAGCUCCUCACCCGGUACUCUGAAUCAACCACAUUUGAGACUUCCGAACGUCCUUUCCAGGAUUUGAACUCUUUCUAGACUUUUUGUUAGGGAAGGAGUGAUCCAUCGUCGAUCAAAUUAUCCUCCACAGCCUACACCUAUGCAGCUCUGCAAAUUGGUUGCUAUAGUGGACAGAUAUGACUGCGGAGAAGCUGUACGGCCUCGGGCUAUCUUAUGGCUACAAAGAAAGAUGAGAGGAUUGGCUGCAGGAGAUCUUUGCAAAUUGAGAUAUUGUUUGCACAUAGCGGCCCGCCUACGGAUCUGCCGUUGACAGCCAAUAUGACUAUAUUGCCCAAGAAUCUGCUCG